UAAGGUGGACACCACAGUUGUUUAAGACUACUGGCUUUUGGAGCGCCGGAGCCGAGCCCGCGGCCGCCGCCAUGUCCCACCAGACCGGCAUCCAAGCAAGUGAAGAUGUUAAAGAGAUCUUUGCCAGAGCCAGAAAUGGAAAAUACAGACUUCUGAAAAUAUCUAUUGAAAAUGAGCAGCUUGUGGUUGGAUCAUGUAGUCAGCCUUCAGCUUCCUGGGAUAAGGAUUACGACGCCUUCAUUCUGCCCCUGUUGGAGGACAAGCAGCCAUGUUAUAUAUUAUUCAAGUUAGAUUCUCAGAACGCCCAAGGGUACGAGUGGAUAUUCAUUGCGUGGUCUCCAGAUCAUUCCCAUGUCCAUCAGAAAAUGUUGUACGCAGCAACAAGAGCAACUCUGAAAAAGGAGUUUGGUGGUGGCCACAUUAAAAACGAAGUAUUUGGUACAGUAAAGGAGGACGUGUCGUUGCACGGGUAUAAGAAGUAUCUGCUGUCCCAGUCUUCCCCCGCACCCCUGACCGCAGCGGAGGAAGAGUUACGACAGAUCAAAAUCAAUGUGGUACAAGCUGACGUUGGUGUGGACACGAAGCAUCAAACACUACAGGGAGUAGCAUUUCCUAUUUCCCGAGAAGCUUUUCAAGCUUUAGAAAAACUGAACAGCAGACAGUUGAACUACGUGCAAUUGGAAAUUGAUUUUAAAAAUGAAAUUAUCGUUUUGGCCAAUACGACAAAUACAGAACUAAAAGAUUUGCCAAAGAGGAUUCCCAAAGAUUCAGCACGUUAUCAUUUCUUUCUGUAUAAACAUUCGCACGAAGGAGACUACUUAGAGUCCAUAGUUUUUAUUUAUUCGAUGCCGGGAUACACGUGCAGCAUAAGAGAGCGGAUGCUGUACUCCAGCUGCAAGAACCCGCUGCUCGACAUUGUGGAAGGACAGCUGCAGAUGGAGGUGGUCAGAAAGAUCGAGAUAGACAAUGGGGAUGAACUGACUGCCGACUUCCUUUACGAGGAAGUACAUCCCAAGCAGCAUGCACAUAAGCAGAGUUUUGCAAAACCCAAAGGUCCUGCAGGAAAAAGAGGAAUAGGAAGACUUAUUAGGGGUCCAGCUGAAACAGAAGCGACUACUGAUUAAAACUGUUGUCUUAAACAUUGCAAUACUAGUUUUUAAAAUUUCAGCUUUUAGUACAGGAAAACUGAAAUCAUUCCGUGUUAUAUAGUAGAGAGAAAAAUUGUACUUUUUGAAGAAUAGCACUUUUCACUUCUAUGUUUUUAAAAUUAAUGUUAUAGCAGCUCAUGAUUUCUGUUUUUGAGUUAAAGCUAGAGUUUCGACAUAGGAUGUUUAAUUUUGUCGCAGUUUUCAUAGUGUUGAUUCCACACUUUCACAUGAUUCUUAAAAUUUUAUAUAAUUGCAUCAGCUUGAGAAAGCCUGACAUCUUAAAGUAGGGUAUAUUUCUUAUUACUCCUUAGUGAGACAUCUGUUUUUUUGCUUUUUCUUUUUAAAGAAGCAGGAAGACCUUAAAAUAUUCAUACUCCUUGCUGAAUAUGUUAUGGACCAGGUUAGGUUCUUUUCUAAGCUGAAAACUCAGUGUGCCUCAGAAAGGUGGGAAGUUGCCUACUCUAGGAGCAUGCCGUCAGACUGGGAGCGGGUCUGCGACUUUCACAAAUAAUGCUUUAUUGCAGCAGUUUUUUAGAUUUGACUCUUUGGGGUUUUUUUUAUGGCAUUAAGAUUGAUCAGCUCACUCUGAAACUAGGGUACCAGACAUUUUCUGUACUGCAGAAUUUCUGUUUCCAUUGACUUUACACGGUCUUAGUAAAUUCUUUCUGUAGUACUUUAAACAUAUGUUUCUUUGUAGAGUAAGUCAUUUCGUUCUAAGUACUGUAAAACCAAAUAUUUAUGUUCAGAUUAAAAUUUAAAUUGGUCUCAUUCAAAAGGAAACAAAGCUAAAGUAAAAAUGUUAAAAACUUUCAGAAUUUUUUUCUCCAGAACUGUGUAUUUAUAGGGAAAUUGUGUCCUUUAUCACUUUUUAGUAAAUAUGCAAAAUGAAAAUCGUUUUAAAGUCCUAGUGCUAAACAGCCUACCACAGAUAAACACUUAGCCUACAAAUCUUGUUUCAAUUUAGUACUUUAUUUCAAGACAUGUUUUCCUCUAGACUUGUAUCUUCAUUUACAACCUAGAGAGAUUUGAGCCUCAUAUUUCUUUGAUACUUGAAAUAGAGGGAGCUGGAACACUUCAUAUUUAAUCUGUUAAACCUGCUGCGGAGCCAUAACUGGGAGGAAUUUUCUAAGUGAACUGUGGGUAUCCAGGAUUUGGAAUUUCUCGACCCAAACUUCAUGCUGCAUAAAACAAAUGUUAGAAAUACACAUUUCAUAGUAUAAAAUACGAAGCAUUCAUUGCUAAAUCUUAAUGUCUAAGGUAAUACAUAUACCUUUCAGAAACUCCAUGUGUGUUGAAGUAAAACAUACAAUUAUGGUUUGACAGAUUCUUAAAAAAUAGAGUAUGUGUGUGGGGUUUUUUUUGUUUACAAAUAAUGAGACUAUUUAAACUUGCAGAGUAGUUACCAGUAAUGUUGCACUUGUUUACUAGACACACUAAGUUUUCCCUGGUGCGCAGACAGACGCGCACACCGACACCGCGCCGGGAGCCCUGGAGCCGCGCUGUAGGCCAGAGCUGAGGCUGUGCUUUGCAGUCAGGCCCGUCACCUGUCGGGAGAGUACAAGAUAGCUCACUAGUGAGGGUCUCUCCAGUGAGAUUCGUGUGCAGCUACACGCAAAAUUCCACUACACUACGGGACAGUAAAUGGACAUUCCAGAACACAGAUGUGAUCACAGCAUCUUAAACUAAUCAUUAGACCGAUGAUUGCUGAGAAUCAGUGAUGCGUUUGUUUUAGACUCUAACUCAUUGUUUAUAUUAUGUUUUAGGUGGCACUAGAUGGUGAAUAACGUUUUCCCAAUAAAUUUAUAUAGCAGUCAAAAAUUA